AUGGGCAGCGGCAGCAGCCGGAGCGGCCGGGCGGCGAGGGGGCGGCGGCGGCGCAGCCCCGACAGCCUCCCGGAGCGGCCCGGAGCCGCAGCCGCAGCCGCAGCCCCGGAGGGGGAGCCAGCCGCCCGAGCCCCGGAGGCGGCGGCGACGCCGGAGAGCGCCCGCCGGGACGCCGGCCCCGCGGCGCCCGCCGACGGCCGCGAGGAGACUCUACGCCUGCUGGACCAGCUGCUGGCCGAGUCGGCGGCCUGGUGUCCCCGGGAGCCGGCCCCGCGCGCUCCGGCCCGGCCCGGCCCCGCGUCGGGCGCGGUGUCCCCACAAGAGCAGAGGGCUGAAGGCCAUAAGGAAGCCAGCCAUGCCUCUGAAGCCCCAGGCAACAGCCACAAGAAGCCCGAGGGGCAGUCAGCCAUCUCCUAUGACUACUCCGAAGAGGAACUGAUGGCAAGCAUCGAGCGGGAGUACUGCCACUGAGCUGGCCAGCGAGCCGAUGUCCUCCAUCUUCUGAGAAGCAGUGCAUGCCUGCACACCUCCGACCAGCCGGAGCCCGAGCAUCUCAGGAGCUCAGGAAGAAGCGGCCACUGGUGUCCCGUGCCCACAUCCCCUUACCAUCACCAACAACCAGAUGACUCCGUAAACUUUUACGACUUGACAGGAAUGCCUUGGGUCAGCUGUUCGGAGCCUGGAAAAUUGUACUGGAAUCAGAGUUCAGAGCCAUUAGAUGCCAUGCCUCCUGAGAGUUGGUACAAAACCUCCCAAAGCUGGGAACUGUUAUUUCUCACUGAGGCCCAGGCCACUCCUUCUGAUAGAAAUAUGAAAGCCUUUUUUAGUUUAACAAUACAAAAAAUACAAAUGCUUAGUUUAAAAAAGUUAAGACUCAUUUUUAUUUAUUUACUUUAAAAAAUAUUUUU